AGCCCCUCUCUGCCUCCCCGCCUCCUGUUGUGUGUUCUCCUUUACCAGAUACACUUGGGAAAUCAUGGCCGCUACGAUAUUCAAAGAAAUCACGGAUGCAAUUAAGACACGUAGUCAGCAUCUCCUAACCUUUAAUGACCUGGAUGCGGAGGAUUUCGCCCAGAUCCUUCAAGGCUUACGACACCGCACGAACCACCUGGAGCAGUAUUCAUUUCGGUGGCCAUCUUGCUUCCCCCGUUCACAUUUUUUUUGUCUUCCGCCCUGCUAACAAAUUAUUACAGAAUACACUGGUUCGCGGCGGAUAAAAUUCUCAAGGUCGUCAUGCCGUCACGUUUGCAUGAAGUGCCUGCCGCCUGGCUUUUUGCAACAAUUACGAAGGCAUCGGGACAAGGACUCAUUCCACAAGUUUGGCAUCAAACAAUGGAUAUCAGUCCUGCCCCAGGUUUGUUUCCAAUUAUGCCCCAUUAAAGAGCAGAAAUCUUGCUAACAAGCUUUCUAAGAAUACAAGAAUUUCGUCGGUCCAUAUAUCAAUUCAAUUAAGGAGGCAGACUUGACGUUUGUGCCUCUGGUCGGUCCCAACUGGACCACAAAUGCUGAAUUCCCCACCGUAGUAUUGGAGUCCGGGUGGACCGAGGGGGAAGAACAGCUAGAUCGAGACGCCAUGCUGUGGCAAGAAGGGUCCGGAGGCCAAGUGCGUGUUGUAAUCCAGGUCAAAUUCUUUCAUCAGGAGGAGGACCGGAUUGGAGCUCUGUUAAGGAUCAAUCGGGCCCACCCCAAUGGAGCCACCUCCAGGGAAUGUUAUGUAAGGCUAUUUAAUUUCUCCCUAAAGACUAACUAUGUGACUAAUUUACCAAUUUGAUAUACAGGAAAUCCUUCCCCCGGGCGGCAAUCACUCGGAAAACCCUUCUAUUACCUUUAGUGAAUUUUAUGGCGGCCAUUGUCCGCCUGGAGUUGUCCCCGAGGAUUCUCUUGUCCUGGAGUUGGAAUCUCUCCGUGAGAGAGCAAGACGCGAAAUCCGGGCCCGUAGUGCUGUCCCUGCUCUAUGAAAUUUGGUAAGUUCAAAUGCCAGUUGCUGCGAUCUGCAUAAAGUACAUCUAAUAGCAUUUGGUGUAGAAAUCGGGACCUCCAGCGGUCAGAGUUCUUGGGCGGCUGUCAAUUGUUGCUUCCGGUGUCUCGUUUCUUUCUUUGGCCUCUGAGUAGGGCUGUUGGUAGAGUGUUUGUGAGGGGCGGCGGAAGGAUGAGCCAAGUAAUAGUUGUUGCGAUACUACAAGUAGUAGUAUGACUCUAGAAUGGCUGCAGAAAGUAGGGCAAGUCACCUGAAUCAAUGCAAACCUCUUAAGCCUACUGAAACUCUCAAUUGUAUUGAUACACUUUUUCGAUAAAUUUAAAUAGUCCAACGUCAUCACUGCUG